UGCCGAGCACUUCAUUUAACCGGAAGCAAGGAGUCUUAGAGGACCAUAUGGCUGAUGCAAUAUAAAAUCCUCUCAUUCGCUCUUUCACUAAAUAUUACUCGAUCUGCGCUGGUCAAGACACAAAACAACAAAGUAGACAUCAAAUAUAAACACACACACAUACAUACUUCAUAAAUUUAAGAAGAAAUAUCCUAAACAAUGGCUGAUGACGAAGUGCUGCCCUUUGACCCUUCAUUGAAGAAAAAGAAGAAGAAAAAGAAAACUCCUUUUAUGGAGAGUUCUGAAAUGGAUGGCACCAGGAUGGAUACCCCGGCUGCUGAUGGCACUCCGAGCGAGUCUACACAUGAUCAGACCGAGGGAGACAUAGAUCUUCUCUGUGACAAGUUAGACCAAGACUUCUCUCUGGAACUCACAAAGAAGAAGAAGAAGAAGAAGAAGCCUACAGAUUUGGAUGAGCAACCAGACAGUGCCCCGGAAACAGCAAAAGACAGCAAUGAGUUUGAUGUUGGAGACCCCGUUCAGAAUGAUGACGAUGACCUAAACUUGUCAUUGCCACGGAGGAAAAAGAAGAAGAAGAGGAAGGUGAUUAACUUGGAUGAUCAAGCUGAGGAGGAAGAAAUGGCAGAUGAUGAUGAUGAUGAAGAAAUUGGUCGUAGCAAGGCUUGGUAUGGUUCUGAUCGUGAUUAUACAUAUGAAGAGUUACUUACAAGAGUAUUUGACAUCAUAAGGGAGAAGAACCCAGACAUGGUUGCCGGGGAGAAGAAACGGUUUGUCAUGAAACUGCCUCAAGUAUUGAGAGUCGGCACAAAGAAGACGUCUUUUGCUAACUUCUCUGAAAUAUGCAGAUUGCUACAUAGGGAACCAAAGCAUGUGUUAGCUUUUCUGUUAGCUGAAUUGGGUACAAGUGGUUCAAUCGAUGGUAACAACCAAUUAAUCAUCAAGGGACGUUUCCAACAGAAACAGAUAGAAACAGUUGUCAGGAAAUAUAUUAAGGAAUACGUCACAUGCCAUACCUGCCGGUCUCCGGAGACCUUGCUGCAGAAAGACACGAGGCUGUUCUUCUUACAGUGUGAGACCUGCGGUUCCCGCUGUUCUGUCACAAGCAUCAAGUCAGGCUUCCAGGCUGUCACUGGCAAGAGAGCUGCUAUCCGAGCCAAAAAUGCUUAAGAUUUCAUCUCAUAUUCUUGCUCAACUUUGAAAGCCAGUUAUUGUACAUGCAUGUGUGUGUGUGCGUAUGCAUGCAUGUGUAGAUGAUACACACACCUUUACAAAUAUAUAUAUAUAUAUAUAUAUAGUAUGUGUAUGU